AGUGUUUAAGAGAGAAAUUACAUCCGUCACGUCACAGAUUAUCUUAGCUUUGACCUUGAAGCGUUGAAACCUAAAUGACCAAUAAAUCAAAAAGUAAAUUUUUACUACUUAAAAGAUAAUAUCUUAUCUCGAAAAUCAUUAGGUAAAUAUAAAUAUCCCACCUUUUCACAAUAUUGACACCAGUGCAUUAGGAAAUUGCCAACUGUCGCAUUGUACGUACUUUAGAGUUAGUUAUUGAUCAAAAUGGUGUUUAAAACCGGGUUAAGACUUUUUUCAAGGAUAAACCGAUCAACAAUUCGUUUCAACCAAGCAAGAAUGAUGAGCGGAAGCCACAGUAACUUCAUUUUCAGACAGUUGUUCGACAAUGUCAGCAGCACGUACACCUAUCUGUUGGGCGAUGCAGUUAGUAAAGAGUGCAUUAUUAUCGACCCGGUUCUGGAGCAUGCUAAACGAGAUUUCCAAUUGACCAAAGAUUUAAAUUUGAAUUUGAUUUAUGCGGUCAAUACUCAUAUGCAUGCCGAUCACAUCACCGGAUCAGGAUAUCUAAAAUGUCUAACAGGAUGUAAAAGCGUCAUUUCGAGAGCUAGCGGAGCACAGGCGGACAUAUUCGUUGACGAAGGAGAUUUUGUACGAUUUGGAAAUCAUAAAAUUAAAGUUCUGAGCACUCCCGGCCACACCAACGGAUGCUGCUCGUUUUAUUGCCAGGAACAGGAAAUCGCCUUUACAGGAGACGCUCUCUUAAUCAGAGGAUGUGGCAGGACCGACUUCCAAGAGGGCGACCCUUCCACUCUAUACCACAGCGUGCAUAAUAAGAUAUUCUCUCUGCCAGCAACCACGCUACUUUAUCCGGCGCACGAUUAUAAAGGCAUGACAGUAACUUCUGUGGCCGAGGAGAAACAGUUCAACCCCCGUUUAACGAAAAGCUUGGAGGAAUUCGUCCGCAUCAUGAACAACCUUAAUUUAAGCUAUCCUAAGCAGAUCGAUAAAGCCGUGCCGGCUAACAAAGUUUGCGGCAUGUACGAUGUCCCGGAGGAUUUAAAGGAUGGCCUGUGAUUUGCUGAAUAAACGUAGGAUUUGAAUAACAAACAAUCUUUAUGAAAAAUGUUUUUAUUCGUAUUUUUAUGUAUAUUUACCAAAUUUGUUAUUAAAUAAACUCUCUUGUGUACUAUUAUUAUUAUACGUACGAUUAAACAUUUUUGAAAUA